CCAUUCGCAUUCACAAUGGGCAACUUUGCAGCCAAUGAGGGUCUCUCCGUCUUUGUCAUCCUGGUGUGGCUCGGGAUCAAUGCUUUUCUCUUUGUUCAUUUCUACAUGGCUUUCCUCACAGAAAGGUUUUUCUACACUAGGGUCAUACUUGGGCAUGCUCUGUCUUGGGCCAGGGCUCCAGCUGCUUGCCUAAACUUUAACUGCAUGUUGAUCCUUCUGCCUGUGUGCCGCAACCUGCUGUCCUUCCUGCGUGGUUCCAUUCAGUACUGUAGUCGCACUGCUGCUCGACAACUUGACAGAAACCUCACCUUCCACAAACUGGUGGCAUACAUGAUAGCAUUUCACACAGCUAUUCAUAUCAUCGCUCACCUCUUCAACUUUGAGCGGUUCAUGGAAGCCCAGAUCAAUGCCAACACUAGCUACCUGCCGUACGUGCUCUCCCAGAUUGGUAACGGGGACAACAAAUCCUUUUUGAACCCUAUCAGAAGCAAUGAAACUAGUCAGACUUAUGUGAUGUUUACAACCAUUGCCGGACUGACAGGAGUGGCGAUUACGCUGGCUCUGAUCCUCAUUAUUACCUCAUCCAUGGAGGUCAUCAGGAGGUCAUAUUUUGAAGUGUUCUGGUACACUCAUCACCUCUUUGUCAUCUUCUUCAUUGGUCUGGUCCUUCAUGGAGUUGGGCGAAUCGUACGAGGCCAAACCCCUGACAGCCUAAAGAAACACAACGUGACAGAAUGUGCCGAUCAGUUUGAGACAUGGGGACAAAAUGGAACCCACUGUCCUGAACCAGAAUUUGCUGGAAACCCUCCAAAGACGUGGUAUUGGGUGGUGGCACCUAUGUUUCUCUACUUAUGCGAGAGGCUGGUGCGAUUCUACCGCUCCCAGCAGAAAGUGGUCAUUACGAAGGUUGUGAUGCACCCAUCCAAAACACUAGAGCUACAAAUGAAGCGAAAGGGAUUUAAGAUGGAGGUGGGACAGUAUGUCUUCCUACAGUGUCCCUCUGUCUCUCAACUGGAAUGGCACCCCUUCACGUUGACCUCCGCUCCAGAGGAGGACCACUUCAGUGUCCACAUCCGUAUAGUGGGAGACUGGACACAGGGACUCUAUACAGCCUGUGGAGGAGACAAAACUGAGGUCCAAGAAGCCUGGAAAUUGCCCAAAAUGGCAGUGGAUGGUCCUUUUGGUACGGCCAGUGAGGAUGUCUUUCGCUAUGAGGUUGUUAUGCUCGUGGGUGCAGGCAUUGGAGUGACCCCAUUUGCAUCUAUUCUCAAGUCUGUCUGGUAUAAGCAUGUCCAGGAAAACCAAAAUGUGUUCACCAAGAAGAUCUACUUCUAUUGGCUGUGUCCAGAGACACAGGCAUUUGAGUGGUUUGCUGACUUGCUGCAGAGCCUGGAGGGACAGAUGACGGAGAAAGGCAUGAGUGACUUCCUCAGUUACAAUAUCUAUCUGACCCGCUGGAAGGACGCAGAGGCUGCACAUUUCAGAGUUCACCAUGAGGCAGAAAAUGACCCCAUUACUGGCCUGAAGCAGAAGACUCUGUAUGGAAAACCCAACUGGGACAACGAGUUUAGCACCAUCGCAACCAAACAUCCAAGAUCUAAAGUAGGCGUGUUCCUGUGUGGACCUACUGCAUUGGCUAAAGCAUUGGAGAAGCAAUGCCUGAGUCACUCUGAGGCCGAAGUUAAAUUCAUAUUUAACAAAGAAAACUUCUGA